GUGUUGUUGGGUCAGCCACGGAGGACCUGCUGGCUCUGCCCAGCACUCUAAGAAAUCUCCAGAUGGGAGUCCAGAUGAUCUUAGAUGUGCUGCGAAAACUUUAAAGGACCACUAACUAAAUUACUUUCGAAAGAAAUUCAGAGCACACAUGCAGAGAUUCCUUCUGUCCUGGGGAGCUGCCAUCUUUCUGCUGGGAGAUCUCACGUGUCCUGGGCAAGCAGGAAUUGGAGAAAAGUUGCAGCUUCAAAUCAUCUACUUCAAUUUUGAAAUGGUGCAGGUUACCUGGAACGCAAGUGAAUACUCGGGGACAAACCUCACUUUCCUCUACACAUUCAGCAGUGAGGGAGAAUAUGACCAAUGCACCAGGUAUAUUCUUCAACACAGCCACACGGUCGGCUGCCUCCUGGACACGAACGAUGACGGAAUUCUGUAUUUUUCCAUCAGGAACGGGCUGCAGCCUGUUCUCACCGAAAGUCGGUGGAUCACUGAUUACCUGAAGCCCAGCUCCCCGAGAGGCCUGCGCUUCCUGUGGUGCAAGGAGCAGGUCACCGUGACGUGUUCCAACUUGUCCUACGGUGACUUUUUGUACGAGGUCCAGCACAGGAGUACCUUUGACACCACCUGGCAGUCCAAGGAGGAAAAGACCUGUCAUGUCACAGUGCGAGGCUUGGACGCUGAGAAAUGCUACUACUUGCGGGCCAGAGUGAAGACAGAUGAACUCAGCUAUGGCCCCAGCACCUACCCCAGCGACUGGUCGGAGGUGACCUUCUGGCAGGGAGGCCAGCGGAGGGAUUCAUGCCCAGAGGAGCAACAGGCUGUCGAACCCAAAUUCCCCAAAUUUAUAUUAAUUUGUAGCCUGGUCUCUCUGCUGACAGUGUGGCUUCUCCUCCUAUCUUUGUGGAAGCUGAGGAGAGUGAAGAAGCUGCUCAUUCCCAGCAUUCCAGACCCGAAGGCCUCCUUCCCUGGACUCUUUGAGCAGCAUCAAGGAAACUUUCAGCAGGAGUGGAUCAAAGACACCCAGGACGUGGCCCAGCUAAAUAAGAUGGGGAGUGGCGGGGAACAGGACUGUGGCCCUGAGGAUGCCCUGGUGGUCCAGGUGGCCAAUGUACCCAAGACGAUGGGUCCUGUGUGCCUGAAGAUGGGGGAUGAGGAGUCCUCUAGGGGUUCUCUCCAGUUCCCUCACCAGCUGCCCAAAGGUGGCAAUGUGGUCUCCCUUGGGGGAUUCACAUUCGUGACAAGUGACAACUCCUAUGUGAUGUUAUGAGGGCGGC